CCCAAGAGCGACAAAAAUUCAGAGAGAGAGAGAGAGCCAAAACAAAACAAAAAAAAGCUUUACAAAAUACCUGAUUCAACCCCCAAAGUUUUUGUUUUGAUCUAUUCCACCCACUUCUCAGUACAAUCUCUUCCUUUUUUUUUUUGUUCUUUCUUAUAUUUUGAUUUUGAGUCAGUCAACUAAGAGGGUGUGUUUUUAAUCCCUCUCUGUUACUUUUUGUUCUUCGUUAGAUUUCUCACAAAAACCUAUCCUUUUUAAGAUCCAUGGCAGCCAUAAAUAUGUUCAAUAGCAACACAGAUCUUUCAGAUCCUUUUAAAGAAGAGCUCAUGAAAGCACUUCAACCUUUCACCAACAACACUGUUUCUUCUUCUUCUUCUCCUUGUACGUAUUCAAACACAACCUUCGGUUUCAAUCAAACCACACCUCUGGGUCUAAACCAGCUCACACCAUACCAGAUCCACCAGAUCCAAAACCAGCUUAACCAGAGACGUAACACCAUCUCCCCAAACCUCGCCCCAAGGCCGGUCCCAAUGAAGAGCAUGGCCACUCAGAAACUCUACAGAGGAGUUAGACAAAGGCACUGGGGAAAAUGGGUAGCUGAGAUCCGUCUGCCCAAGAACAGAACCCGACUCUGGCUUGGAACUUUCGACACAGCUGAAGAAGCAGCCAUGGCUUAUGACCUAGCCGCUUACAAGCUACGAGGCGAGUUCGCGAGGCUUAACUUCCCACAAUUCAGACACGAGGAUGGAUACUACGGAGGAGACAGCUUCUUCAAUCCUCUCCAUUCAUCUGUUGACGCAAAGCUCCAAGCGAUUUGUCAGAGCUUGAGAAAAACAGAGGAUGAUCAUCAUCAUCGAAUUCAUCUCCCCUGUUCUGAAACAGAGCUGUUCCCGCCAAAAACAGAGUAUCAAGAAAGCGAUGAGUAUGGGUUCUUGAGAUCCGUUGAGAAUUCGUUUUCCGAUGAGUCUCAGGUGGAAUCUUCUUCGCCGGAAUCGUGUGUUACUACUAAUACUACGUUCUUGGACUUCUCGGAGUCUGGGUUUGAUGAGAUUGGGAGUUUCGGGCUGGAGAAGUUUCCUUCUGUCGAGAUUGAUUGGGAUGCCAUUAGCAAAUUGUCCGAAUCUUGAAAAAAAAAAAACACAAGUCUUUCUCUUUUUCUUCUUUAGGAUAUUGUCUUUCAUUUUAAGCGUCUGAUGAUGAUGAUGUCUCGUAUUAAGUUUAGUUUACCUCUACAACUGAAUUUUUUUUUCACAGUUGUCGAGAGACUCGUCGUCUAGGGUAUGUUUCUGUUCCUCCUCCUCCUCCUCCAUGGUUUUGGUCUGACUGGUUUAUGUUUCUUUUUAACUUUCAAAAACCUUUGUCAUUGACCAAUCGGAGAAGUUUCUAUGUAUUGUGUAUUUAUCUCUCGUCUUUAAAUUUUUUAAUGAAGAAUGUAAAUUAUUAGUCUCUUUUUA